CUGUUCGCUCGACCAUUGGUGGCCACUUUUGUUUGGGUUUUGCUUUGGCUGUCGCUGUUGCUGUUGCUGCCGCUCCAGCUGUUGACGAAGGUGUCUGUCUGCUCGCAGUGCUGUUGGCCUCCACUCCGCUCCGCUCCGCACCGCCUCUAAUUCGAUUCCCGUUCUUCCGCAAAAAUAAAACAAAAGGCAAGAGAAAAUGAGCUGGCAAUUGCACAAGCCUCAAAACUAAGCAGUUGAAACAUCAGCCAUCACACCAACGGGACAGUAACAACCGCAAGAGAAGUGGAAGCAAGCAGUAGAAGCACUAGCAGCAGCCCGGAGAGAAGCAGAAACAUCGAAGACAGCAAUUUGCCACGACAAUGCCGCCGCACAAGUGGACGGACGAGACGCGCGACGCCUCCUGCUACUACGCGGACGCGGAUGAUGCUGCCAACAGGCGGCACCCCUCCUCCUCCUCCCUCGACGACGACGACGACGAUGAUGAUGCCGACGACGAGCAGGAGGCGUUUUGCGCUGGCGACAGGCCGCUCAUUAGGGGCGGCGGCGGUGGCGUUGGCGGUGGCGGUAACGGUGGCGGUGAACCGCUGCUGUUCCCCAACAACCGCACGAACAGCAACAACAGCAACAAUAGCAACAACAGCAGCAGCAGCAGCAACGGUAGCGCCAUCGACAUUGGCAGCCUAAUGAUCGGCCAGGAUGGCCCCUCCAAGACAAUCGCCUCCUCGAACAGGCCGCCACAUGAGCGCGAAUGGGAGCGGGAAUGGGAGCGGGAAUGGGAGCGGGCGUGGGAGCGCGAAUGGGAGCGUGUUCGUGGCGAUCGCGAUGGUGACUGGCGCAGCCAGUUCGCCGGCGGCCCCUCGCUGCUCGUGCAACUCUUUCACUUCGAUGUGGUGCCCAAUGGCUUCCACUUCGGGCACAGCGAGCACGACGACUCGCGCAUCUCGUUCUCGUUCACCGCCAAGCGGCAUCUGGAGCUCAUCGAGGGCCUGAAGUACGAGCGCCAGGCCUGGCGCAUACGGGAGCGCAUGAAGACGGCCAGCGUCGCGCUGGUGCUCUGCCUGAACAUUGGCGUUGAUCCGCCGGACGUGGUGAAGAUACAGCCCUGCUCCCGCCUCGAGUGCUGGAUCGAUCCCAGCUCCGUGUCGCCGCCCAAGGCCAUGGAGCUGAUCGGCAGCAAUCUCCAGAUGCAGUACGAACGCUGGCAGCCACGCGCCCGCUACAAGAAGUGCCAUGACCCCACCGUCGACGAUGUCAAGAAGCUCUGCACCUCGCUGCGUCGCAAUGCCAAGGGGGAGCGCAUCCUCUUCCACUACAACGGCCACGGCGUGCCCAAGCCGACGGCCAAUGGCGAGAUUUGGGUCUUCAACAAGACCUUCACCCAGUACAUACCGCUGAGCAUCUUCGAGCUCAUCACCUGGAUGUCGGCGCCCUCGAUCUACGUCUACGACUGCUCCAACGCGGGCAUCAUCAUCAACUCGUUCCAGCCGUACGCCGAGCAGCACGAGCACGAGCUCGAGAAGGCGCUGGCCAUAGCCCAGCAGCGUGGCUUGGCCCAUCUACAGCCGGGCUCUGGCUCUGGCUCGGCAGCGGCCGCCGCCGCCGCCGCCGCUGCUGCUGCCGCCAAUGUGCAGCUGCCGACGCAGCUGGUGAGCUACAAGAACUGCAUCCAUUUGGCAGCGUGUGCGGCCAACGAGAUACUCCCCAUGAAUGCCCAGCUGCCGGCGGAUCUCUUCACCAGCUGCCUGACCACGCCCAUCAACAUUGCCCUCAAGUGGUACGCGAUGCAGGAGAAGUUGGGCAUGGUGCCGCGCAUCCAAAGCGAAUUGAUUGACAAGAUACCAGGCAAAGUCAACGAUCGACGCACCAUGAUGGGCGAACUGAAUUGGAUCUUCACGGCCAUCACGGACACGAUAGCCUGGAAUACGCUGCCGCGCGAGCUGUUCCAGCGCCUGUUUCGCCAGGAUCUGCUGGUGGCCAGCCUCUUUCGGAACUUUCUGCUUGCGGAGCGCAUACUGCGGAGCCACGACUGCACGCCCGUCUCGCUGCCAGCGCUGCCGCCCUGCUACCGCCAUCCGAUGUGGAAGGCGUGGGACCUGGUGGUGGAUCUGGCGCUGCAGCAGCUGCCGGAGAUACUCGACCACAGCGCACCGUAUCGCCAGCUGCCGUUCUUCGAGCACCAGCUGACCGCCUUUCAGGUGUGGCUCGACUCGGAGUCGGAGUCGCGCACACCGCCCGAGCAGCUGCCGAUUGUGCUGCAGGUGCUGCUCUCCCAGGUGCAUCGACUGCGCGCCCUGGAGCUGCUCGCACGCUUCCUCGAUCUCGGACCCUGGGCCGUCAAUCUGGCCCUGGGCGUCGGCAUUUUUCCGUACGUGCUGAAGCUGCUGCAGAGCUCGACGCGCGAGCUGCGGCCGGUGCUGGUGUUCAUUUGGGCCAAGAUAUUGGCCGUGGAUCCCAGCUGCCAGGUGGAUCUGGUCAAGGAGUACAAGUACUUUCUGUCCGUGCUGCAGGAUGGCAGCGUCUCCAAGGAGCACCGCAGCCUCUCCGCCUUCGUGCUCGCCUCCAUCGUGCACAACUUCCUGCUCGGCCAGACGAACGCGCUGCAGGGACCGCUGCUCUCCAUAUGCCUGGAGCAGCUGAACGAUCACAGCUGGCUGCUGCGCCAGUGGCUGGCCAUCUGCCUGGGCAUGCUCUGGCAGAACUUCGAGAAGGCCCGCUGGUCAGGGGCCCGCGACCUGGCCCACGAGAAGCUCUACGUCCUGCUGCGUGACUCGAUACCGGAGGUGCGUGCCGCUGCCGUCUUUGCGCUGGGCACCUUCAUCAGCUCCGUGACGGAUCGCAGCGAGCAGCAGGCGAACAACAUUGACCGGAUCAUUGCCAUCACGCUGCUGGAGACUGUCGGCGAGGACAUGUCGCCGCUGGUGCGCCUCGAGCUGGUCGCCGCCGUGCAGUGGAUGGUGCUGCUCUUCGAGUCGCAGUUCGUGGCCGUCUACCUGGCCGAGCAUAUGCGCAGCAGCCACGCCGCCUCCACCUUUGUGAUGCUGCAGGGCGGCAACGCCCUGCCCGCGGGCGCCCACGGCCUCGCCUCGUCCACCCACAGCCUGGAGCGGCAUGUGACGAUGCGUCGCGGCGUCAGCUCCAGUUCCAUCUCGAAUAUGGGCACGGGAACGGGCGCGGGCGCGGGCCAGGGCCAGGGCCAACCAGGAGCAGCAGCAGGCGCCGCCGGAGGCAGCAGUCGGAGCGGCAAGAGCAGCGGCGAGCGCUCGGGCUCCGUGGGAGGCGUCGGAGUGGGAGUGGGAGCGGCAGCUGGCGGCGUGGCCGGAGGCACCAACAGCAUACCCUUCCAGUCGAUCUUCACCAAGCUGUGGCUCGGCAUCUGCCAGCUGGCCCAGGAUCCGUUCCCCCAGGUGGCGGCCACCGCACUGAAGAUUGUCCACCACGUGCGCGACACCGCCCUGUGUCCGAUUAUGGCCGCCAAGGAGGCCACCAUGGCCACGGCCUCGGAGAAGUGCAACAGCCUGAGCGUCAGUCUGCCGCCCAGCCCCAACACGCGCGUCACCUACCUGGGUGGUGCCGUGGGCGCCGGCCAGUCGCCGCCUGUGGGCUGCAACACGAGCGGCGGGAAUGCCAGCGCCAGCGGCGGCACCACAACUGCGGGCGCCAGCCACUGGGCACAGAAGCUGCGGCUGUCGGGCAGUGCCAGUGGUGGAGGAGGAGCCGCUGCAGGUGCCGCAGCGGGGGAUCCGCAGAUGAUAUUGCAGCGCAAGCUGCGGACAAGCUCGAUCAACGAUGAGACUGACAGCGGACCGGCCUAUGUGCGUGGCGGCGGCGGCGGAGGAGGAGGAGCUGCCGCCGGUGGACUAGGACUGGGACUGGGACCGGCACUGGGAGCAGAGGCAGCCGGUGGCAGCCACUCGGCACGGAGCAGCGGCAGCGAGAGCAAUCAUUACCACGAGCCGGGCAGCAAGGGUCACGGCAGCCACGGACAGGCGCUGCAGCCGAUUGUCCAGACCGAGUUCAUACCGUGGGCCAUCUCGUACUUCACGCGACCGGGCAAGCAUCGCUACAGCUCGGCGGAGGGCAGUGCGGAGGGGGAGCAGCGCUAUCCCGUCGAUCGCAACUCCCAGGAGCUGCGCACGCGUCGCUAUCGCUACCAGCGCAACGAGCUGAUCCGCCGACAGGCGCGACGCCCACAGCAGCCACAAAGCGAACAGAGCGGCAGCCUGGGCCCGGCACGGCGGCCACAGCAUGGCCAGAGCUCCGAUCAGUUUGGGUACGACGUCUGCAGCUGGAGCCGGAAGACGCAGUUCACGCCGUCGAUUGUCAAGCUGCUGCCGUACGAGUCCCAGAUAGCCGUCGCCUACCGCGAGAAGGUGCUCGUCUACGAUUUUGUGUGGAACUCGGUGCGCACCUAUGCGGCGGAGGCGUUGGCAGGCCACGGCACAGCCACCGGCACCGGCACCGGCACGGGCACGGGCGCCAGUUGCGGCGGCAGCGGCUCUGGCUCAACCUCGGGCUCCUCGUCGUCGCUGAACGGCAGCACGCCACGCAAGCACUCGACGGGGCUGUCCGGACUGAUGGCCGUGCCCACGUUCGCGCGUGUCAGCAGCAUUGAGUUCCUGAACGCCCAGGACCAGGCCCUCACGCUGGUGGCCCACGACGAUGGUGUCGUCAGGGUGUGGCAGCCACCGCCGCUGGGCGAGGAGGCAGCGGCUGGAUCGGGCCAGCAGCAACAGCAGCCCAAGUCUCGCCUCAUUACCGCCUGGACAGCGCUGGCGCCGGUGAGUGGCGCCAGCCAGCUGACGGGUGCCGUUGCCAGCACUGCCGCAGGAUCGAGCACGAGGCAGCGCAGCAGCAUGGCGGGCAGCGGCGGGAGCGGCGGCAAGAGUGGCGCAGAUCAAGCGGGCAGCGCGGGACUGAGCAGCAGCUUGGGGAGCUCCAGCAUUAUCACGGCGUGGCAGCAGUACAGCCAGCGGCUGGUGGUGGGCGGCGGUGGCUGCCGCUUCCUGCGCAUCUGGGACGUGGAGCGGGAGCUGCGACUGAGCGACAUUCAGCUGCGCCGCAACGAGACGACGGUCCGCGUGCUCAGCCCCUACUUGCCCAACCAGAGCUGCGAGCUGAUACUCGCGGGCUGCGAGGACGGCAGCGUCCAGCUGAUCGACAUGCGCUGCGCCACACGCUAUGCCCCCGUCUGCGUGUACAAGCCGCGACGCCACGAUGCGCCCAUCCUGCACGCGUACAUGCGACCCAAUGAGCCGCUCCUGGUGGCCGGCUGCGAGAACGGAACGGUCAGCGUGGUGGAUGUGCGAAAUGGCGGCGCCAGAUUCCCCAUUGGCACCGGGGACCGGGUGCUGUACCAGUGGGAUGCCGGCAGCGACAUCACAGCCAUUUCCAGCCACCAAAUCGAGGGCACUGUGGCGUGCGGCAAUGCCACCAAGAUCUGCAUCUACUCGCUGAAGGGUGAUCUGCAGAAGGUGCUGCGCACCAACGAGGGAUUCAUUGGGCCCAAGAUCGGGCAUCCCACCUGUCUAUCCUUCCACGCGUACAAGGCGCAGCUGGCAGUGGGAUUUGUGGACAACAUGGUCGCGAUCUACAGUCCCACGCCAGUUCUAUAAACUCUGCGAUAGAUGGAGAACUGACGUCGAUAAGAAUCCCGAAACUUUUAUUAAUGCACGCCGGUUCAGCGAUGAGCCGGAGAUGCAGUCAGCAGUGGAGCAGGUGCGGAGCAGCACACAGUUGCCGGACCUCC